CAAUUCAAAACGUAUAAAUAAAAACUGCUUUGCAGAAUUGUGAACUUUUACCUGUAUUACACAGGUAUUUCAAAUGACUGCAAACAUGUAUUUAAAUUUGCCAGGGGGCUUAAAAAUGCCGGCUCUGGGACUGGGCACCUGGCAAGCGAGAGACAGAGAUGAAUUAAUAGAUGCAUUAAACUGUGCGCUGGAACUUGGCUACCGCCACAUCGACACAGCUUACAUUUACGAAAACGAAGAAAUCAUCGGUGAUGUGUUGAAAGAAUGGUUCACUUCCGGGAAGUUAAAACGGGAGGAUUUGUUUAUUACAACAAAACUUCCCAUGAUUGGGAUACACCCAGACCGAGUCGAAUUUUUCAUGAAAAAAUCAUUGGAAAGUUUGCAAUUGGAUUAUGUUGAUUUGUAUUUAGUUCAUUUUCCACUUGGGUAUAAGUAUGAUGAUAGUACAGGAGGUCCCCUACUUAAUGACCGACAACAAAUUGUUACGGAAGGUGUAACAGAUCAAGCCGCUAUUUGGAAGAAAAUGGAAGAACAAGUCGAUGCAGGUCGAACCAAAACCAUCGGUCUUUCAAACUACAAUAUUACCCAAAUCGAAACAGUACUAAAAUCUGCCAGAAUUAAGCCCGCAAAUUUACAAGUCGAGCUUCACGUUUACUUGCAACAAAGAGCACUUGUUGAUUUUUGCCACGAAAACGAUAUUACAGUAGUUGCAUAUUCGCCACUAGCUUCGCCAUGUUAUAACAAAUUCUUAGAAGAAUUAGGGACAGAGCCAAAGAAACUACCUGAAAUACUUUCCGAUCCUGUGGUCAAUAAAAUUGCCAAAAAACACUCAAAAACUCCAGCUCAAAUUGUUCUGAGAUUCUUGUUACAAAGAGGGAUCGGAGCGGUACCUAAAAGUGUUACCCCGGAGAGGCUUCAGGAAAACAUAAAUAUCUUCGAUUUCGCACUCGAUGACAAUGAAUUUGAGGAACUGUGGAAUUUAGAAGUCGGGGAAGAUGCACGAGUUUACGAUUUUAGGAGAGGAUUCAAUCUAGUGGACCAUCCAGACUUUCCAAUGAAACGCUAGAAAUUAUUAAAAAAAUGAUAUUUGUACUGCAAUAAUAAAAUUUAAUGUAUUUAA